AUCUCUCACCAGCAGAGGGCUUCUUAAAUAAGGUAAGAGGAGACUACAGCGAUCCACUGUUUAUUCUAGUCCGCGUGUGAGAGAGUGACUAGAACUUGUUAAGCUAUUAUGUUUUGUGUUUAUUUUGUUUUUGUUUUUUUUUGGUUUUGUUUUUGUGUGUAUCUCAUCUCUCUAGCAUUGUUCUCUAUGCUUUUCUUUCUGCCUUCCUGACUACUGAAGAAAUUUUAUUUCUGGAAUCUUAGACGUAAGCACGCUGUAAAUAUAAAGUAAAUCUUCUCUUGAAUACGAUUAUUGCUUGCAAAUUAGCUAACUUUUCUCGACCGAUUUGGCCAGUGGACUCGUCAGGUAUUUUUCCCCGGAACAGAAAAUUAGUUACGAAUGUUCAAAACGAAAAUGAGAAGGCUAUGGAAAAAAGAACUGAUUUAAACAUUUUGAAAAUUUUCAGUACGUUGAACUCAGUUUAUAAGUUUUGAGUGAAAUCGUUACUCCAAGUUUAGCAUGACAGGCGUUGUUUUCCAGUGCAUAAAAGCUUCUCGCCAAUAUAAGUACUUUCCACUAAGUGGUAGAUUACGUAAAACAAAAUUUUUGUCCUUGCAGAAUUAUUUCCCUUUGUGAAGGACAGACUGUUGCCGUCGUGGGCUCAUCAAGACGCGAUGGCCCGUGAUAAUAAGUUCUGCUCAAUUUUGCUGCUUUUCUUCGUUAUUUGCGCAGUGUCAGGUUGGUAUCCUUUCUCGUUGUAUUGUCAUAAUUAUUAUUAUUAUUAUUAUUAUUAUUAUUAUUAUCAUUAUUAUUAUUAUUAUCAUCAUUAUUAUUGGAGUUAUUAUAAAAUUAUAGCAGACAGGAUUGUAACCAUUAUUUUUGUUGUUAUCCAAAAUAUCAUUUUUAUCAAUGUUAUCGAUAUAUAUUAUCAUUAAUAUUAUUGAUAUAUAUAUGUAUUGAUAUAUAUUAUCAUCAUUAUAUAUUUCAUAUAUAUAUAUAUAUAUAUAUAUAUAUAUAUAUAUAUAAAAUGAAGUGGGAGUAGAGUCUACCUUGGCAUAAAGUGCUCCAGGACGCAUCGAUUCUCUGUGACUCUGAGUUUCGUGCCUAAGCGCUCGUCGCUUAGGCACGAAACUCAGAGUCACAGAGAAUCGAUGCGUCAUCUUUAAUUCUUUAACUUAUGUAUACUUAGCUCUGCUACCACAGCAUUGAGCACUUUAUGCCAAGGUAGACUCUACCCCCACAUUAAUUUAUAUAUAUAUAUAUAUAUAUACAUACAUAUAUGUAUUAGAUAGAUAUAGCUAGAUAUAGCUAGAUAUAGCUAGAUAUAGCUAGAUAUAGUUAGAUAUAUAGAUAUAUAGAUAUAGUUAGAUAUAGCUCUUUGGCAUACAAAGCUUUGCUUUCAUGUCCAAAUUGAGCAUUCUACUAGGAUGAGUCAUUGCUGCUAGCAUUAUGCAUGCUCACUAGUUUUUCUAGUUUGAGCACUCUGGCAUGGCUUAGAUGAUCCCACAUGUGUGAGAUCACUUGGGGUGGCUAUAUGGCCUCACCUCCAUCUUAGCAUCAGUACUGCACUGAUGAGGCCCAGAAGGCCGAAACAGUACUGUCUGCAGUUAGUUACAUACAUAUAUGUAUAUAAUUCCUUCUCGGUAUCGAACAAAAAGGAUAAUAGUCAUUCAUAGCACUCUCCAAAUCUUGGGAAAUUACUCUUACCAACUCUCAAGUCCUGCUUUUUGUUUUCCUCUCUUUUUCACAACAUUAUCAGAUAUGACUACGUCCAUUAUAGAUACGACUAAAGGAAAAUAAAUUCCAUUUCUUCGUGUCGUGGUAAGAACACGAGAGGUAAUAAUCGAACAUAUUUUUGUUGCCUUUCCAGAUGGACUACUGGUAACUCUACUCUCUUUUUCUGGUCGACCAAACGUUUGGUGGCAUGUCCCAGACAAUCACCAACUCAUGGCAGAUAUAAAGAGCAAUCUGACGGAUGCGAGGAACCGACAAGCUACUCUUACUCUAAGCAGUAUACCUCCGAGGCUCGGGUACAAAGGACUCGUAAUAGGCUUUGGGGAGUUAGCAGUCGGUGCUGAAAGUAAAAAACUUCAAUUGGUUUUGCUAAACAGUAUACCAGACAACCUUUUACCAGCUGCUUAUAUCAAUAGGAUGAAGAGAGAAGUUGACCAGGUAGAACCGUUUAAUGGCGGUGGGGACGGUGGAGACGGUGGGGGCGGUGGGGGCGGUAUUGAUGGAGGCGGGGGCGGUGCAGCCAAAAUUGGCGAUAAAAGAAAAAAAGGGCCGUUCAUUAGAAAGAAGCGUUUGGUCCUUGACUACAAUCCUUUUAUUUGGAACCUUUUCCCUAUUGUGCUUUUUAACAACUGUUACAACUAUGCCAACAAUAAAAUGACGCACACCUUUGCACAGCCUGGAAGAGGUUCGGGGGCGAUGUAUGCAGGGAUAACUGGCGCUCUGGUGGAAACAGCAGCAGUGAAUGAUGGAUUGCGAGUCAUUGCCGACCCGCAAGUGCCGGAUAAAUCGCUGGACUUUGUGGUGGCUCUUGUUGUCGAACCCAGUAAGUACAAAUCAAACCGUUGCUUCUGUAAAUGUUUUUUCUUUUUUACAAAGGGACCAUAAGAUCUCGGAUUAAGCAUGACACUUCCUAUGACUGGAAUUGCUUUAUAAUAAAGUUCGGAUAUAACGCGCGCUGUCAUUGUGAAAGGGUGUACUCUAUCGGAGUACAAAGCAUAGAGCUGAGCUAAAGCUGUCACGCCAUCUGCAAUUUGUUUUAUGCCCAAUCUUCCAUGGACUUCUCUCCAGCUUUUUUUCGUCAAUUUAAAAAAACGUUUUUGAACUUGCAAAGCGUCGUAAUUUUCGUUAUUAUAACGUGAGUAUAGACGAAAAUCCUCAAAGAGUAAACGAAAUGGACACUCCGAGUCUUGAAGGUUUUCACGCUCAGUUAGAUUGGAAGCUUACGAAAGGUAAUAAAAAUGAAAUACAGCUAACACCUGUAUAGUAUGUAUAGUUCGUGCUCAAAAACAAAACAGAACAAAGCAGGAAUGAUGAAAAAUAUAACCAAACUGGCAUAACUGUUAAAAAUUCAUACUAAUCAUGACAUUGUCGAAGCGACUGCGGUCACGCUGAGGUCCAUCGCGGCUAGCUCAUCAUGGCGAUCUCGGGUCAUCUCAGUGAGGUAAGCCUCAGAAAUUACGUCGGCCGCCCUUCGGGUGAACAACUAACAGCUUGCUCUGAUAUCCUUUCCGAUAUGUUGAGUUGAAGACCGCAUCAGUCACAGCAGCCAAGUAUUAGGGCACUGGCAUUCCAAGAAAUGUCUUUGUAAAAUCCGGCUGCCGUUCAUUCAUAAAACACACGCCUUUUAGCAGUGAGUUUUCUUUUGUCAUGUAGAAAAAAAAAUUGAAUGUUUUUAUGAGCCACAAUUGCGAAUUGUUCACAGAUUGUGAACUUUGAUGGUUUGACAGCGUUAAUCUUGUUCGACCAAUCAGAUUAUUCGAUCUAUUCCAACAAGGAUUCUGAUUGGCUGAUUGUAGCGUGCUUUGUGAGAGUACAGGGCAUGCUGACAACACUGUUGACACUCAAGAAGUGGGGAAACACCCGACUACGUCUCGUGUUUCUCUCUACAAUGCUUUCGUCCUCUAGCCGCUUCUUGAGUGCUUUACAACAGAACAGAGCACAGUCAAGGCUGAGUCUCUAUCUGUUAAUUAUUGGGCUAUACAUACACCUUUUAUCGCAUCUUUACCUUCAAAUAAAGGAAAUGAAGUUAAUUUCUGGAGAAAUACUGAGAUGAGAAGCGACUCGGGUACAAAUUUAGAAAUUUUGAAUUUUUGUUUUUUCUCCCACAAAAAAAGUUCUCAAAUGCAUUGUAAAUCAACUAGCCAACAUGAGAACAGAAGCAAUAAGGUUCGAGAAUCACACCUGAAGAAAAGCAACCAAUCACAACGCAGCAUCAUAAAAUAGUAGGUUUCCAUAACUUCAACCGCACCGAUUAUCCAUAGACCAUUAAAGGUAUAUUUUCCAUAGCAAUCAAUAGUACAUUUAACUUGGGAGUCAAUACACGACGUAAACUGUUAAAAUAUAAUUAUUCCCUGAAAAACAUUUUGUGUUUGAAGUUCACUUGCGGUGAUAGUAGCAUGCUCUUAUUUGCUUUUCCAUUAGGGAUCAGACUUUAUUUAUAGGGAAGGGAACUGAAGCUAAGAGGACUUAGGGGAAUGUCAUUGUUGUCAGGGGAUAGAGGGGACCAGUCGUCUCCUCCAAUCCACCCUCAGCCAGGAGAUAAAAUUAAUGAGGGUUGUGCAAUAUUUUGAAGAACCUGCUGUAUUUCCUUGUUCCACAGAUGUUGACUUCCACUGGUAUGUUCUGAACCGUCGUGGUCGAUGGUCUCACAAGCCUGGUCAAACGUUCGCGAUUAAUUGGGAUAAUGCUGGAGCACCGAUAAAUAAUGUUCGAGCUUGUAAUAUGGGCAACUAUCAGUUCCGCAGCUACAUGGCUACCAACUAUGGGACUACGAUCCAGUGAUCGCAAAGAGGUCGUUUCUCAUUAUAUUGUUUGACCCUGAGAAUUAAGGUAUAGCUCUGUAAAGCUAUUUCAAAUAAAAGGGUA